AUGCAAGUCUUCAAUGAGACAUAUGACAUUGAGACCACCUUGCUCCACGUAGCCGCCGCCUGGUCCACCCGGGAGGUCCUGCAGGUGCUGUUGGCCGCUUGGCCGGCGGGCGUGCAAGCAAGAGAUAGCUGGCUCAGAGCACCCCUGCACGACGCCUGCGCCUCUGGAAAGGUGGAGAACUAUCAGCUCCUCGUGGAACUUUGGCCGGAUGCGCUGGAGAUUGCUGACGGUUUAUGGGGCCAGCUGCCCCUGCAUCUUGCGGCUCGAUCGAGCCAUCUGGACGUGGUGCGGCUCCUGGCAGAGCGGUGGCCCGACGGGGUCUGGGUUCCUGACAAACACGGCCGGCUGCCCCUGCAUCUUGCGGCUGACGAUGGCCAUGCGGACACGGUGCGGUUGCUGGUGGAGUGGUGGCCCGACGGGGUCGAGGCGACUGACUUCCGCGGAUGGCUGCCCCUGCAUUUUGCGGCUAGACAUCUGGAUGCGGCGCGGCUCCUGGCGGAGCAGUGGCCCGACGGGGUCAGAGUGCCUGACAACGACGGCUGGAUUCCCCUGCAUGUUGCGGCUCGAGAUGGCAAUCUGGACAGUCUGGACGUCGUGCGAUUCCUGGUGGGGCAGUGGCCCGACGGGCUCAACGUGCCUGACAAGCAUGACGGUCAGAACCCCCUGCAUCAUGCGGUUGAAUUGGGCCGUCUGGAGAUGGUGCGGCUCCUGGUGGAGCUGUGGCCCGACGGGGUCAAGGUUUCUGACGGAUUCGGUCAGAUACCCUUGCAUCUUGCGUCUAAAGGGUAUGGAAAUCUGGACACGGCGCGAUUCCUGGCGGAGCAGUGGCCCGACGGGGUCAGCGUGCCUGACAACGAUGGUCAGACGCCCCUGCAUAUCGCAGCUGAGUCUGGUCAUUGGGACACUGCCGUUUGGCUCUUUCAGAGGCACCCGCCGCUGCAGCCACUUUCCUUGACUCCCAUGUUGGACUGUCGGCUCGUGAUUGAGGGGGCCUGCAACAGCAGUGAGGGCAGUCAUUCCUGGCGGGGCGCUGCGACAGAUCUGCAUUGCUCAAAUCCAGAACGCCUUUUGAAGCCGGCAUUGCUGCGAUGGCUGGAGGUCUGCGGCGGGCGCCCCCACUGGUCAGACCGUUUUGGUACGCUUGUGGACCGGCUGGAGGACCCCGAGGCGAAGGACUUCUUGGAAUCCCGUGGGACGCUAGAGGAAUUCGUCGGGGGGCUCCUGUCAGAUUGGGCCAACUGGGUGAGUAUGAUCUCCGCCGCAAGCGCAGCCUGCGUCUUCGUGCCGCUGGAGUGGCUGGCAAGCAAGUGGAUGCAGGGGCGAGGUAAGGGGCCAGCAGAAGACGAGGUGGUUGCAGAUCCAUUCUUACCGGGUGCCAUAGACUUGGUGGCCAAAGCUUUUGCAAGGCGUGCAUGGCUGCUCAGGCUCUGGCGCUGGCUCGAAGUCGCGGUUGCCGUCUUUUGGCUCGGCUUCUCGCUCUUGCUCAUGAACUGGGUGUGGUGGGUGCCCCUGGUGGCACUGACCUACAUUGUCCCGGCAGUCCCAUUCCACGGAGUCUGGCACCUGCUCCGAGAGCCCGUGCUGGCCAUCAUGACUCGGGGCACUGCUGCACAGGUGGCUGGUCUCCUUCGCACAGUUGUUCUGUCAGCAAUAUUUAUGGUGGCAUUUGGUGCUGACCAAUUCCGUGUGUUGGAAGACAGUCCUGUGCUGCAGACUUGGGUAUUUGACCACAUGCUGAACCCCCUCUACUCCAAGUGGUAUACACUGACUCUAGAUGGGUGGCGUGAGAGUCGACUCCAUGAUCACUGGUUGUUUCAAUGGGCUCCGGACAUAACCGGUUUCGACCUGUUCGCACUUGUGAGAGACCUGCUCCUGGGCUUGGUCCUCCUGUACAUGGUGAGUUUGCUUUGCAUGGCCGUACUCAGAUGCAUGCUCCACUGGAUUGAUGGGUGUGGCGACCGUCCUCAGUCCAUGCCAGACAGCGACACCAUGAAUAGGUUGAGACAGCAGGUGGUCCAGGGUUUGCUCAAAACACCCAGGGACAAGUUUCCCGAUGCAACUGAUGUGCACGGGAAGAUCGAACCCGUCAUGGCUCUUACUUGGCCCUGGCGCGGCGGGGGGCUGUUGCAACGUGUGGCUUUGCUGCUGCUGGAUGUCGGCCUUGACAUCAACACUGUUUUCACUUUCCUGGCCGCGCAGCAGUACGUGCUUGCUGCCAUGACAGUCUUCCUUAUGGUCCGCAGCUGCCUCAAGCAACUGUUGAUCCUCGCCCCUUGGCGUCUUCGCGAGGCGAUCCUCGCGAGCCACCAGCGGGGCAUCGUGCGGAAGGACCUCAGGGACUUCUUAGAGGAGGAGAAACGCUCAGAGGCUUUCUACUGUGGCUGCAUCACGGGCUACUCCAUCUGCUUUUCCGCGAAGACUGCUGAUCAAGUGCUCGUGCAGGUUUGCAGUCUCUUGCUGAGCACAUGGCUUUUCUCAGGCUAUGCUGUGCGAGUGUGCGACCUGGACUUCGAAAUGGAUGAGGAAAGGGUAAUGGAUGAGGAGGCACCCCCAACUCUGGGUCAAGACGCUCCUUCAGAAGAUGCCCCAGCGGAGGCUGCGGACUCUCCUGCACAACAGAUGCCUCAGAACGCAGAGCUUGAUGAGACGGCUGCCAUCUCCGCAGUUGCCAGUGACGUGAGGGUGGCGGCCGACAGUAUCUCAGUUUGA